GGGCAGAGGGUGCGCGUAUCCCAGCAGGUAGUGCACCCAGACUACGCGGACGUUGAUAAUGUCGCCAUCAACGACAUCGCCGUCUUCCUGCUGCAGUCCAGCUUUUCUCUGAGCGGCAACGUGCAGGCCAUCUCGCUGCCCACCGCUGGAUCCGUCCCCAGUGGUAAGUCAAUUCUGUCCGGCUGGGGUAGCGUCAGCACGGGUAUCAUACCCAACUACCCCGACAUCCUGCAGUGGGUCGACGUCAGCAUCAUCAGCAACACCCAGUGCGCGCAACUGCUGGGCAACAGCCCGCUCAACGAUGAGAACAUCUGCACCGGCCCCGUCAACGACGGCAUCUCCGCCUGCUCGGGAGACUCCGGCGGACCGCUGGCCCAGGACGGAGCCCUCAUCGGAGUCGUGUCUUGGGGUAUCGUGCCCUGCGGCUCUGCUGGAGCGCCUUCCGUCUUCACCAGGGUAUCUGCUUUCUUGGACUUUGUCAACCAGUACGCCUGA